AAUGAUUAUUUCUUCUUUUUCCGUCUGUUGUGCAAAAUUAAGCCAUUAACAAGUUAUAAAUAAUAAUUUUUGUUAUAGUGAAUUGUAAUAUUUAGGAUGAAAGAUAAUAUUUUCUCCAAUUAAAAAAGAAAAAAGAUUUCGGUAUUAAUGUUCUUUGGCUUCCUUGGCAGUUCAUCAACCAAUACCCUUGUUUUUCUCGAAUCAAAGACUUGUGUUUUCUUCUAUGUUAUUACCGAAGUCUUAGAACCGAAGCUUCUGCCGCCUUUAUGUCCGCUUUAUCUUAGCUCCAGGUCUCCCUUCUCUUUGGUAACAGUUGCUUUGCGCGUUAAAACUGGAAAAAAAGCAAGAGAGAGAAGGAGAUACAUAUUGCUUCCUGCGUCUUACAUUGCCCAACUCUCUCAUUUAUCUCAUGCGUGCAAGCUAUUCCCAGAUCUCCUCCACCACCCCCACAUCUCUUUGUCCCCAACAGUUGCAGCUCUCUUCAAGCUUCUUCAUUCACCUCAAUUUAUGAUCCAGACCUUCCUUUAUAUUGCUUCCCUCCUUUUAAACUAUAUCCGUCUCUAAUUAGAUCGACCAUUCUCUUCGUCGUUUCUCUAAGAUUCUUUCAACUUGCCAAGGUUCUUAGUUCUCUAUCCUUUUCUUGGUCUGAUCCUUUCCGGUCGGUUUCAAAAUCUUGAAAAAAAAUCUCCGCACUCUCAUCUGUGGCGAUCAAGUUUGCCAACUAGGAAGGUCAUGCACACGAAGUUUUAGCUUUAGAUUCAGUUUGGUGAAGUGGGUUUGUUCUGAUAUGUAUGCUAAUUAUUCUAUUUAUUAGCUGGGAAACUUGGAUUGGAUUUUGUUCAUCAUAUAUAUAUAUAUAUAUAUAUUUAUGUACUUCUAGGAAAUCUGCACUCAGAAAUUUGGUUGUCGUUCUCUGUCUCGACAUAGACGAAAGUUAAGCUGCUGGUUGGCGAGGAUAAACAAGGGGUUUUGAAAAGCAAGCUCAAGCAUCUGCAGAGUUUCUGAAUUGAAUCUGGUUUUUUGUUCUGUGCUUGGUUUCUUCAGAUCUAAGAAUCAAAGUCAUGGGAGGCCAUAUGAGCAAAAAGGCCCCUGAAACUUCCACGGCUAUCAAUCUCAGUACCAAUUUACAGUACACUAGUGAAUUGAGUUCUUACGAGGCUGCUUGCAAGCUUGAUGCAGACUUGCAGUCCUUUGACACCACCCUCCAAACGCGUACCAAUCAGGUCAUCAACACUCUUGCCGUGGGAGUGGAAGUUCGAGCCCUUUCAUUUGAUUCUUUGAGAGAGGUCACGGAAUGUCUCCUGGAGAUGAACCAGGACGUUGUUAAAGUCAUCUUAGAAUGCAAGAAAGAUAUAUGGAAGGAUCAAGAACUAUUUGAGCUCGUCGAGGAGUACUUCGAAAAUAGUUUGCAGACUCUAGAUUUCUGUACAGCAUUAGAGAAGUGCCUGAAGCGGGUUCGGGAUAACCAAUUGCUCAUUCUUGUUGCGCUUCAAAAGUUUGACGAAGAAAGUACUGAAAUGGGAGGGAGUAGGUACGGGAGGACAUUGCAGGAGUUGAAGAAUUUCAAGGCAGCUGGAGACCCUUUCACACAAGAAUUCUUCCAAAUCUUUGAGUCCGUUUAUAAGCAGCAGAUGCUUAUGCUUGAGAAGUUGCAACACAGAAAGAAGAAACUCGACAAGAAGCUUAAGUACAUUCAUGCUUGGAGGAAGGUUUCAAGUAUGAUAUUUGUUGCCACAUUCGCCGCUGUGUUGAUUUGCUCAGUUGUGGCGGCAGCCAUGGCUGCUCCACCAGUGGCAGCAGCAUUGGCUGCUGCAACGUCUAUCCCCGUGGGCUCAAUGGGAAAGUGGAUUGAUUCCUUAUGGAAGAACUAUGAAAAUGCUUUGAAAGGGCAGAAGGAAAUACUUAGCUCGAUGCAAGUUGGUACCUAUGUUGCCAUCAAGGACUUGGACAACAUCAGGGUUCUCAUUGAUCGGUUGGAAAUUGUGAUUGAGUCACUCUUGCAGAGCGCAGAAUUUGCUAUUGAAGAAGAGGCUGUUACGAUUGCAAUAGAGGAGAUUAAGAAGAAGCUAGGAGUGUUUAUGAAGAAUGUUGAGGAUUUGGGGGUGCAAGCUGACAUUUGCAGCCGGGAUAUUCGGCGGGCAAGAACUGUAGUUUUGCAGAGGAUCAUAAAACAUCCUAAUCACUAGAACAUAAAUGAAUCUCCUUGGUGCUUUAUAAAUCCACCUGCAACUGUUGUUAUGUUAGAAAACUGUUUUCUUUGUGGUUUAUGAUGAUGAUUAUUCCUUGAUUCUUAGAUUGUAUCAUGGAUCCACGCUGUUGGAUUCAUGUUAAGAAAAUAAUGCAAGAGUGCUAGUGAAUUUCACUUCAAGAUGUUGUUUAGGGAACAUGUCCUUCUUUUUGGGCUGAUGUACAUUGUUUUGCAAUCUAGUCAAUGAACCCAAAAGAAAAAACAAAAACAGAUUUCUUGUC